AAUUAACCAAGCACGGAGCAACAAAGAGCAACAAACCUACUCACCGGUGAAUUGGACGCCAGGCGGGCCGAAUGAAAUCAGCAGCUCCCUCCUUCUUGGGCCGUCUGGCCCACGGAAAAUCGGGAGCUUAGCAGCCUAGGUGAUCCCGAGUCUCCUCUGCGCUGCGCUUCUCUGCUUCUUCUACCUCCUCCUCUUCCUGCAAACCAACCUACGCUCGCUGCCAUCUGCGCUCGGCCAGUCCGAGAGAAGUAGCCGCGGGAUGAAGACCAGGUCGCAGACGGGCCCGAAGCCCCUCAAUACCGUGCGACUGCCCCCCGUGGCGAGCCCCAGGACGAAGCCGAGGCCGGAGCCGCGGAAGAAGGGGACAGUCGGCGACCCCCGCCGCCCCAAGAAGCCCCCCACCGCCUUCUUCUAUUUCAUGGAGGAUUUUCGGGACAAAUUUAAGGCAGAAAAUCCAAGUGUAAAAUCAAUGCAGGAUAUAGGGAGGGCAUGUGGCGAGAAAUGGAAUAAAAUGGCAUUUGAGGAAAAAGUGAAGUAUUAUGAUCUAGCUACUGAGAGGCGUGCAGAGUUUGAGAAGGCUAUGGCUCAAUAUAACAAGAAAAAGAUAAGUGGUGAACUGUCGGAGGAAUCAGAUUAUGAGUAGAAGUGAGCAUUAGGUUGCCCUGAACUCCUGAUGAUUCCGCAAGUAAUCGUAUGAUUCAAUCAAUUGUAUAUUACAGGACUGAGCUUUGUAAUGAUUUACUGCUCCUGCAACAUUGUAGACUGGUAGUUAGCGUUAAAUUGACACCAAGUCUCGUACUGGUGCUAUUCACCAGGACACUAUUUGUGCUUCAGGUAACUUAUCUGUCGUGCGUGGUUUCGCAAAUUAUGAUCAUGUGGACAAGAGCCCCAGGCAACUCGAAAGUAUGUUUAUUGUUC